GAAAAGGACUUAUGCCCCAUGUGACAAAAGAUUACCAUCCACCUCACCAAAAAAAAAAAAAAAUUUAAAUUAAAACAGAAAUUUCCAAUUUGUUGUAAUUUAUGGAGGGAAAACCACAAAAUCACCCCCGAAAAAAUAAAAAAUAAAAAAGCAAAGGGAAAGCUUGCAAAUCCCCAAAGGCUUCCUUGUCUCUAUCAAGAAUCUCUCUCCCCUUCAAUUUCUUCCCCAAUUUCACAAAGCGCCAUGGCUGAACCACUGAAGCUUUUGGGUCACGUGCCGCGCACGCGCUCGUGAGAGAGGCAUCAGAAUUUCCCCCCGUGACUUUGCAUUGACUGGGACCUUCGUCAACCCAUUGUCGCGGCUGGUGAUCUGGGUAGGGUUAAUUCUUGAGAGAAGAGCUUUUUAGCUGUUGGUUUUGUGUAAUUAAGAUCAAAACUGAAGUGGGUUUUCUGUGAUUAGGGUGUAUCGCGAGAGAUGUUGAGAUCUGGGAAGGUAAGGGGUGAGAGGGAUAAGCAAAUUGGUGUUCAGAAGAAAGGGGAUGAGUUGAAACAGGGCGGUUUGGAUUCUGGCGGGGAGAAAACCCGGCAUUUGGUUUCGGGCGGGGCGGAGGAACCCGAGAAAGAAUUUGUCGGGGAGGGUGGCGAGGAGGGUGGGACUGAAAAUGGUGGAGCCGCUGAGAGUGGGAAGAAGAGGUGUGUUGGUAAUGGUGAAGAAAUUGGUGAUGAGGGUGUUGAGAUAAAGUGGGUGAAAGAAAAAGAGACAGAUGGUGAAGUGCGAAUUUUUGGGCUGGUUUUCCGAUCACAGUUAGCGGCAGAUGGAGGGGGUGAUAAGGAGGUGAGCAAUGGGGAACUGGUUGCGGAAAGUAGAGAAAAUGACGGGUCUCAGAAACAAUGUAGUGAGGUAAACAAUGAAAGGAGGAAGGAAAUGGAGGUGGAUGGUAAAGUGCAAGUUGUUGGUCGAGUUCUGUGGUCACAGUCAGCCGUGAAUGGAGGGUGUGAUAAGGUUGUGAGUGAUAGUGUUCUGGAUGCCGAAAGUAGAGAAAGUGAUGGGUCUGACAAGCAAUGUAAUGAGGUAAAAGAUGAAGGGGUUGAUCUGUUGGGCCAGAGUGAAAAUGUGGGAGUAGGUGAGACUGGGAAGAAAAGGAGGCGGGUUGAUAAUGGUGAAGAAAUUGAUAAUGAUGCUCUUGAGAAGAAAAAGGUCAAGGAAGAUGUGCUAACUACAGUUAGGAUUCUGCGGUCACGAGUUGUGGUGAAUGGGGUGUGUGAUAAGGCAGGGAGUGAUGGGUCUCGCAAGAAAUCUUCCAAGGUUAACAACGAAGGGGGCGAUCAGUUGGUUGAACGUUUUGCAAAGAAGUUGGAAGGAAAGAGAGGGGGCCUACUCAAGGUGGAAAAGGAAGAAAGUGAUGGUUCGGGUGCCAUGCUACAGAAACGUAAGCGCGGGAGACCUAAGAAGGUACAAACGGAAGAGAGUGAUCUGUCGGUUGGUCCGUUGAGAAAGAAGUCAAAAUUGCAGCACAAGAGACCACUUAAGGUGCAAAAGACUAAUGUGGGUUUGAAAGGAAAGCUUGCUAAGGAAGGCAAUAUGGUUUUGAGAUCACGAGAAAGAAUUAAAGUGAAUAUGACAACUAACGGUUCAUAUCUGGUAAGGAGGAAUAUUGGGAAAGAGUUUGAUGUGAAGGCCUUUUCUCCAGCUAAAAGGGAUAAAAAAGGAAAUGAUUUGGAGAAUGAGGACAGUGAGGAUGGAGAAGGAAAUAAUGAAUGGAAACAGAAACAGAAGGGAAAUAAAGAACAGAAAAAAAAGCAGAAGGGUCAGGAUCGAGAUUGCGCCAGAAGUAAGCAAAAACAGUUAGUGAGAGAUAAAAUAGUGGAUCUAAUUAUGCGUGCAGGUUGGACCAUUCAAUAUAGGCCUAGGAAUGGCAGAGAUUACAAGGAUGCAGUGUAUGUAACUCCAGCAGGACAGACUCACUGGUCAGUCACCAAGGCUUACACAACCCUAAAAAUGAAUUGUGAAAAUGGUGAAAAUAAUUCCGAAUUUUGUAAGCCUAGCUUCAAAUUUACUCCGAUACCACCAGAGGAAAUUGACAUGUUAGCAAGGAUACAAAUUGUGAAAAGGGUGGGGAAAAAGAAAGGGAAGAAGGGGAAAAAUGGAAUGGAGGGCGGGAUUAGUGAAAAGCAAAAGAAGAAAAAGGCCAGGAAUGCAGUGGAUGGAGUUAUUGGAGAGAAAAAGAAAAAGAAAUUGGGUAGGCCAUUCAAGGGGAAACGUUUACUUAUUGAGAAGGAUGAUUCAGCACAUGCAGCGUGCAAGGGAAGGCGAAGUUUACAUAAGACAAAAAAUAGAAAGCGAUGUGGUCUGUUGGUUCGGAACUCUGAGAAUGCGGAUUCAGAUAAUGAUGGCCAUGUACCAUAUGACGGGAAAAGAACAGUACUUGCCUGGAUGAUUGAUUUGGGAACCCUAUCACUUAAUUCGAAAGUGAAGUACAUGAACAAGAGAAAGACACAGGUGCUUCUUGAGGGUAACAUUACAAGAGAUGGAAUUCAUUGUGGUUGCUGUGGAGAAACAAUCCCAAUUUCGAAGUUUGUAACCCACGCCAAAAGUGAUUACUCUGAGCCGUUUAAACAUAUAUAUGUAGACUCAGGGUCUACACUUUUGCAAUGCCUACUUGACUCAUGGAAUAAACAGGAUGAAUAUGAACGUCGGGGAUUUCAUUUCGUGGGUGUUAACAGGGAAGACCCAAACGAUGAUACGUGUGGAAUCUGUGGAGAUGGUGGGUACUUGAUUUGUUGUGAUGGCUGUCCAUCAACAUUCCACCAAAAUUGUUUAGAGAUAAAGAAGUUCCCCUCAGGUGAUUGGCAUUGUGUAUAUUGUUCAUGCAAAUUUUGUGGGAAGUUUGGCGGUAAUAUAUGCGAAAGCAAUGGCAUUGACACUGACACUGACAAUUUAGCAGCGUCAGCAUUAGUUACCUGCCAUGUGUGUGAGGAAAAAUUUCACCAAUCCUGUAUUCAGGCAAAGGAUGCUGUAAAUGAUGAUUUUAAUGGUCCAUCCUUCUGUGGGAAGAAUUGUCAAGAGCUAUUUGCGAGUCUUCAGAUGCUUCUUGGAGUGAGGCAAGAAAUUGAAGAAGGAUUUUCAUUGACUAUGAUUCGCCGAUCUGAUAUCAGCUCAAUUUCUAUUUGUGACACACCACAGACGGAUGAUUGUGAUUCAAAGCUAAUUGAAUGCAACUCCAAGCUGGCUGUUGCAUUUUUAAUAAUGGACGAGUGUUUUUUGCCUAUGGUUGACCACAGAAGUGGAGUCAAUUUGAUUCAUAAUAUUCUGUAUAAUCGUGGGUCAAAUUUUAGCAGACUGAAUUAUAGUGGUUUCUUAACUGCAAUUCUAGAGAGAGGUGAUGAGAUCAUUUCAGCAGCAUCCAUCCGGAUUCAUGGGAACUAUUUAGCAGAGAUGCCAUUUAUUGGGACCCGCUAUAUGUUUAGGCGUCAAGGAAUGUGCCGUCGGCUUCUAACUGGAAUCGAAUCUGCUCUCAGCUCAUUGAAUGUUGAAAGAUUGGUUAUACCUGCGAUCUUGGAACUCAGAGAAACAUGGACUUCUGUUUUUGGUUUUAAGCCCCUUGAAGGAUCAAGCAAGCAGAGGAUGAAAAACAUGAAUGUAUUGGUUUUCCCUGGUGUAGAUAUAUUAGAGAAGCCAUUGUCGAAGCACUUACCAGAAGCAAAUAUGAUUCUUGCUGAAGGUGUGAGGUCCACCGAACUUGAGGAUCAGCAACUCAAGCAAGACGUUUUAUGUGAUACUAAUGACAAACGUUUGGCUGCGUCUGGAAGUGAAGCAUCAGCACGCUGUGGAAACGAGGCAACUGAUGAACUUGCUGAUUUUGAAUCCAAUACACAGCAUAUCUGUGGUGUUUCUCAGGAUAAUCUGGAGGAGAAAAGCAUUCCUCCUCAAUCAACUUGUGACGUUCAUGAACAAAGUGAGGAGGUUAAUGAAUAUCAGAGUUCUGCUUCAGUUCCUGAUGUAGCCACAGUGGAAGUGGAGACCCAACAAGGCCAGCAUAUCAUGCCUGAAGUCGAAAGCAAAUCUUUGACGUCACAUCGUAGUGAUUCUGAUGCCACUGACUCUUGUGUAAUGAUUCUUUCUGCUUCCAGGGAGGUCACUGAAAAAAUUGAUUGUGAGGUCAGAAUAGAAGAUGACACGUUUGAGAAUCACGAUGCUUAUGACGAAGGAUCUAUUUGCCGCUCUACUGAAAAUGCCACUGAGCUGCAGCGCUCUACUGAAAAUGCCACUGAGCUGCAGCGCUCUACUGAAAAUGCCACUGAGCUGCAGAGCAUGGUACAUGAAGCAAAAGUUCCUGAUGAAACUACUGUCUGCCAUGAUUCAGAAACUACAACUCGGGCAUCUCAAGAGGCAAGCGACCUUAAGCAUCAGGAUUCUCAAAAUUUGCAGGUUUCAGGAUCUAUUUCCUGCCCAGAUGGAAAGAUGCCUGAAACUUGUGCACCGGAAUAUAACCAUACUGCUGCUCAUCAUACACCUGCAGUGAUUGUUGAGGUGCAUUCAGAAUCUAUCGAGUGUUAUGGCUCUGAAAUUCUGACUGAACCUAGCAAGGUUGCCAGAGAUGUACUAAACCCGACUCCCCUGUUGUCUCACCAGAAAGCAGAUGAGUUUGAAGGCAAUGGGCUCAACACUCAUAAAGUUGCACAUGGGUUUGAAGGCAACGGGAUCGACACUUAUAAAGUUGAAUCUGCUCCAGCUGACAGAGAUUCUCAUCUUACAUGUGGACAUGCCAACUCCCUGGAGGUUACUGAUUUGAACUUAACCCCGGAAGAGUCUCAGAACACAAUAUCCGUAAAGCAAUCAGAACUCAAUUCUCAGGUUGAUAAUACAAGUCCCACACAGUGCAACUCGAGCAAUACCCCUGCUGUGGCUCUUCACUGCACGUCCGUUGGGGGUACUUCAGAGGCGGUUAUUCUAUCAAACCAGGCUAGGUGA